UGAGGCUGUCGUGGGACACCGGGGCACCGGACCGAGAACCACUCAAAGCCCAAGUCAGGAGAGCAAGUCAGAGCGGGGCUCCUCCACGAUGGAAGUGAGGCUUCUUCUCUUAGGGAAGCAUGGCGCAGGGAAAAGUGCCACAGGAAACAGCAUUCUGGGAAAAGCCGUGUUCGAGUCCAGGUGCAGUGAGCAGCCAUUGACUAAAAGGUGCCAGAGAGAGAAUGGGGUCACGCAGGGGAGGGAGGUUGUGGUCAUCGACACCCCCGACCUUUUCUCCUCAAUAGAUGACAUCGCUUGUGUAGAUAACAAGCGAUGCAACAUUAAGCACUGCUUGGAGCUCUCGGCUCCCAGCCUCCAUGCCCUGCUUCUGGUACUUCCCAUUGGCAACUGUACGGUGGAGGAUGGACAAACAGCUGAGCACAUCCAGAAGGUGUUUGAAGCGAAAGCCAGGAGGCACACCAUUAUCGUCUUCACUUGUAAGGACAAUUUGAAGGAUGGCUCGCUGGAGGAGUACGUUAAAAGCAACUCACCUGUUCAGGACUUGGUUCAGUGCUUUGGUGGUCGAUACUGUGCUUUCAACAACAAGGCAACUAAGGAUGAGCAGGACGCCCAGGUGAAGGCGCUCCUCUGCAAGGUCCAGGAUUUGGUGGAAAACGAAGGACCAUUUGUGGUGAACUUAAGGGAUGAAGACGGUAGAUUCCAGGAUUCUGUGAAUGAAGAACCAUCUCAGAGGAAGGACCAUCCACAUGAGCCCCUGCACAUUAUCCUCAUGGGGAAGAGCGGGACUGGGAAGAGUGCCAGUGGGAACACCAUCCUCAGGAAGACGGAGUUCCACUCUCAGCUAAAAGCACAGCCGGUCACCACAAGCUGCCAGGUCGGCAGGACAAUGUGGAAUGGGCAGGAUAUUGUGGUUGUGGACACUCCAUCACUCUGUUGGGAGUCCAGAGCUGAAGGGGAUCUAUCCCAGGUCAAGAAGGCAGUCAAUGAGUGUAGGUCCCACUAUAAAGAAGGGAGUACAGUUCUGGUUGUGGUGUUACAGCUGGGACGGAUCACUAGAGGGGACAAAAAGGCAGUGGUGGACCUAAAGUGCAUCUUUGGAGCAGAAGCUAUGGAACACAUGAUCGUGCUGUUCACCUGGAAGGAAGACCUAGAGAAUGGCAACCUUGAUGAUUAUGUCAAUAACACAGAUAACAAGUAUCUUAAGAACAUAAUUAAAAAGUGUAAGGGGAGAUAUUGUGGUUUUAAUAACAAAGAAACUGGCCAAGCCAGGGAAGACCAGGCAAAAGAGCUUUUGACAAUGGCCAGUAAAGUGAUAAAGUGUGGUGGACAGCAUAAACAUCCCAGUACAUGGCAUGUAGGCAAAAUAAUAAAAAUAAGGAAAAGCUCUCCAAAUUACUAAGUAAUUUAAAGGAAAGGUUCUAGGAAAAUGAAAUGCUUGGGGUCUCUUUAAGUUGAAGAUACUCUCAGGCUACAAGCAUGGUGGGGUGGGGGGCAUGGCAAGGGGAUGGGAAGAGGAACCAUGACUUUGAGAGCUUGAGAGAUGAAUGCAUCUCACCUUGUGAUGCUUCAGCUCUUUGCAGAUGGGGCAUGUAAUAGGAGGUAAUAAAGGAGAAAGAAGAAAUAAGGUAGGGAAAUCUGCAAAAAGGCUUCAGAUAUUAGGCUGAUAUUAAGGAUCAGAGUCAAAUCACAAGAAUCACUUCACCUGUGUAGGUAGAUUGGAGUCAGGACAGACACUGGGACUAUGGCCAAGGAGAGCCUGGGGUCAGAAUACAGAUAGUCACAUGAGAACCAGGGGAUUCAGCUACAUGAGAGUAAGACAGUGUCCUGCCAACUCCUGGGCAUGGCAAAACAGAGAAGUUGGACUCCUGUGAGCCUCUCUGUUGCUGAGCACUGCUUGCCAGGUUCUCCCAGCCUCCCCAUCUCCCCCAGGGGCGCUCUCAGGACCUUCUUUUCCUCAUGUGGUUACUCUUACUCCUUUCCUUGUUCCAAGCUGGAGUGGAAAGUGGGCCCGUCUACCCUCCAUUGCUCUCCCUGAGGAAAUGGACAUGAUCUCUGAAGUAUCAAAAGAUUUAAUUGCUAAUCAUUCAUGGUGACACAGACUAGAACAAAAAUGAGAAGCAUGGUAAAUUGCUAAUUAGAUAAUCUUGCAAAAUUUAAAAUUCUAAGUAAAAUUCUAGAUUUCCUUUAGAAUUUUCAGGAAAAGUAACUGAAAACUCCUUUGCAUUUCUUUCUCUCUUCGUCUCCCUUUCUCUUUCUCUCCACCCCCAUCUCUCCCUGAGGCUUGUGCAUGCAUGCUCAGUCAUGUCCAACUCUUUAUGACCCCACAGACUAUAGCCCACUGUGGACAGGCCCCUCUGUCCAUGGGAUUUUCCAGGCAAGAAUACUGGAGUGGGUUGCCUUAUCUUCCUGCAAGGGUUCUUCCCAACCCAGAGAAUGAACCCAAGUCUCCCAUGUCUCCUGCAUUGGCAGAUGGAUUCUUUACCACCAAGUCAACUGGGAAUCCCCUCCCCAAGGCUUAGGAACUCAAAUAAUAAUGGCUUACACAUUAAGGGUUUAUUGUGUGUCUUAUGUCAAGAAAUCCAGGAGUAAGCAGUUUGGGGGAAGUGUAGCACUGACAUUCCAGUGUCUUUCUGCCUUUCUGCCCCUAGUCAUUAGCAUGGGUAUCUCCAUACUUAAGGUUGCUUCUUGGUUUCUACUCAUGGCUAGGCAGAUUAUGUUGAGAGCUACCUAGUGUGGGUGAUAAAUGAGAACUAUGAAAUCUCCCAGUUAGGUGUAAGGUCAGAUGUUUUCAAUACUAACCACUUUAUAUAUGUUUUGAGGACAUGAUCUAUGUCAUCUGCUUUUUAAAAAUUUCAAAAUAUCAGGUUAUCUCAAGAUUAACCCAUUUAUAAGAGCAUGGACUGUCAUCACUAAUACUUUUUACUCUGUAUAACCCUUAAUAAAUUCUGGAAGGUGUGUGUAAAUAUAUUCAGUUGAGUGAAAUAAUAAAGAUGAAAUAUAUUGUGAA